UUAAAUAAUAAUUUUGAAUGUCAUAUUUUAGUAUAAAAACGCGUUGCGUUUGGCAGUAACGAUAUCAUUAGCAAUCUGUUGGUUGUAGCGGCAAGUUCGCAAAGUAUUUAAAUUCAAUAAAAAGUCGAAAUAGUUUGUUUGUGAAGCAAUUCAAAAAUGAAAUUCACUUUGGCACCUUGUUUAUUGUUGGCCACAGCCGCAGCACUAGCCUCGGCUUUACCGCACCAGCGUUUGCAGCGCGACGUCUCCGAGUUGGCAGCAGCACAACAACCGGCCUACAAUUAUCUACCACCUGAGCCCAAAUUGGCACUGUCCGAAGAGACCACCACCACAACUGAGGCUAUCAUUGCUGAGACGGAAGCGCCCAUCGCCGCUGCCGAGCCAGAACCCGAAGCGGCACCAGAAAGCGCUGUGCUCGGUGCCGACGGUUAUGAAUACCGCACCGUACGCCGUCUUAAGUACCGCCAACGCGUACGCCGUGACGUCUCGCACUUGUCGCCAAGCUAUUUGCCACCAAGCCCAUCAUAUCUGCCACCCAAAGCCGAUGAUACGGAAGUAGUGAGCACAGCCGCACCGAAAGUGGCGCCUGUCUACUUGCCCCCCACCGCUGAAGAAAUGAGCACUGAAGCGCCAAUAGUUGUGGAAGAAGUCGAGACCGAAGCACCAGCAGCACCAGAAGAAGAAGUACAACAAGAACAAGAAGAACCCGUCGAACCAGAAGUGCGUUCACAAGACGGAGAAGAGGAAAUGCCACAAGAUAGCGCUGUUUUAAUGGAUGAUGGCUACCAUUACAAACAACCCGCUGAGGAGAUGCCCUUGCCGAAGGCAGUCGAAAGCGAAUACUUGCCACCACUGGAACAAGGCCAAACUGAGGCUGAGGGUCCCGAGGAGUCGGCUGUAUUGGCAAAGGAUGGUUACCACUAUCGCGCUAUCAAGCGUUUAAGAUUGUAAAUUUUUGCUAGUGUAAUUGUACAAAAGAAAUUAGCACAAUUUAUUAUUUUGUUUAUUCAUUGAAAUUUUCAUACGUUAAAUACAUAUUUUAAUACAAAUUAAAAAUAUACACAAUUGAAUUUUUAUU